AUGGCGAAUUCUCUCUCUCCUCAUGCCAGGAAAUCAUUUGAGAGAAUUCCUUGCCUUUCAGGUCUGUCAGCUUACGCGUGUUUGGCAAAGCCUCUAAAGCCUCAAUAUAAUGGAGGAAUAGUUUCGAACCCAGAAUUCGAAUAUGGAUUAAAUGGCUGGAAAAAAUUUGGAAAUGGAACAGUGGAACAUAAAACAUCCCCUGAGGGCAACAAGUACAUAUCUGCUUCUCAAAGAAUUUUACCUUUCGACAGUUUUUCACAAACUUUUGACUUGAAGCAGGAUCAUCUCUACUCAUUCUCUGCAUGGUUGCAGGUAAGCCAUGGAGAAGAUGUUUAUAUAGCUGCUAUGUUCAAGACGAAAACAGAAAUUAGAACUGCUGGAUGGGUUAUAGCCAGGCAUGGUUGUUGGACCAUGCUUAAGGGUGGCUUUAAUAUGAAUAUUUCUACCCCUGCCGAAUUCUAUUUCGAGACAAAAAAUACAACGAUUGACAUAUGGGUAGACAAUGUUUCUCUACAACCAUUUACCCUGAAAGAAUGGAAGCUUCAUCAAUAUCAAAACAUUGAGAAGAAACGCAAGAGCCAAGUGAAAUUUCAAGUUACUGAUUUCGAGGACAAUCCCAUAGCUAAUGCAAAAAUCUCCCUAGAGCAGGUUGAACAGGCAUUUCCAUUCGGCAAUGCAGUGAGUGAGGCCAUCAUAUACAACAAAGCCUAUCAGUCUUGGUUCGCCUCCAGGUUCAAGUACACAGUAUUUGAGAAUGAAAUGAAGUGGUAUUCUAAUGAGAAAUAUUCUCGUCAAGAAAACUAUUCUAUCCCUGAUGCCAUGCUCAACUUUGCCCAAAAACAUAAUAUUACAGUCCGUGGACACAACAUUCUUUGGAACGAUCCCAGGUUCACUCCCACGUGGGUAAAAAACCUUCCAAAACGCGAUCUACCAGAGGCUACUGAUAGGAGGAUAAAUUCUAUCGUGAGAAGAUACUCAGGAAAGGUAAUUCAUUGGGAUGUUAUCAAUGAAAAUAUGCAUUUCUCACAGUUUGAGGAUAAAAUGGGGAGAAAUGCAUCAACUGUUUUCUUGGAAAAGGCUUACAAACUUGAUAAAAAGGCAUUGCCAUUUUUGAAUGAGUUCAACACUAUUGAGAGGCCUAAAGACUCUUCAGCAACAGCAACUAAAUAUUUGGACAAAAUCAAACUGAUUAGAAAACAAGGUUAUCUUGGUCCUCUUGGAAUUGGAUUGGAAGGUCAUUUCGCGAUUCCAAAUCUCCCUUAUGUAAGAGCUUCCAUUGAUAUGCUUGCCGCUACAAAUUUGCCAAUUUGGAUUACAGAAUUGGAUGUUCAGCACACACAAAACGAGUCAGUGUACUUGGAUCAGGUUUUAAGAGAGCUCCACGCACACCCAGCGAUUCAAGGCAUAAUAAUGUGGGCAGCAUGGAGGCCCCCAAGGGGGUGCUGGAGAAUGUGUCUUACAGACAACGAUUUCAACAACUUGGCAACUGGUGAUGUGGUUGACAACAUAAUAAGGGAAUGGACGCACAAGGGUUUUGUGGGCACUACAGAUUCUGACGGUUACUUCUCAACUUCAUUGUUUCAUGGAGUUUACGAAGCCAGAAUUAGUCACUUUUCUGGGGAAAAAUCUGAGAAAAUUAAUGAAUGUUUGGCGAAGCCAGAAGAAGCACAUUAUGGUGGAGGGAUAGUUGUAAAUCCGGAGCUGAAUCACGGAUUAAAAGGUUGGACAAUAUUCGGCGAUGGGAAAGUCGAACAUCAAGAAUCCGAGGAUGGUAACAAAUACGUAGUUGUCUCCAACAGAAAUGGAACGUUCAAUUGUUUUACUCAGAAAUUUAAUUUGGAGAAGGAUAAACUUUACAUGUUCUCCGCUUGGUUACGGGUAAGCCAAGGGGAAGCUCACGUAGCUGCUAUGUUCAAAACACAAACUGGCUAUCAAAUUGCUGGAUGGACCAUGGCUCAAAAGGGUUGUUGGUCCAUGCUAAAGGGUGGCAUUGUUGUGAAUUCUUCUAGUCCUGCCUACCUCUAUUUUGAGACCGAAGAUACAUCAAUUGAUAUUAUGGUAGAUAGUAUUUCAUUACAACCAUUUACACACGAAGAGUGGAAGUCUCACCGAGAUCAAAACAUUGAGAAGAUUCGCAAGAGCAAGGUGAAAUUUCAAGCUGUUGAUAAACACGGCCAACCAUUAGCCAAUGCAACCAUCUCCAUCAAACAAAACCAAUGGCGUUUCCCCUUUGGUUGCGCGAUAAACCAGAAUAUCCUGUCAAAUACUGAUUACAAGAAUUGGUUCUUGCGCAGGUUUAAAUACACAGUAUUCGAGAACGAAAUGAAGUGGUAUGUCACUGAAAGUUCCCGUGGCCAGGUAAACUACCAUUCUGCCGAUGCCAUGCUCGAGCUUUCCAAAACACACAAUAUUCAAGUUCGAGGUCAUAAUGUUUUCUGGGAAGAUCCGCGAUACCAACCUAAUUGGAUAGGAGGAAUUUCAAAAAAUGACCUAUUGAAUGCUACGGAGCAACGGAUAAUUUCUAUAGUAAAUCGAUAUAUAGGACAGUUGAUCCAUUGGGAUGUUGUGAAUGAAAAUUUGCAUUUUUCGUACUAUGAGUCGAAGCUUGGGGGGACAGCAUCGACUUCUUUUUAUAAGAAGGCGAACGAGAUUGAUCCGAGCACAACUCCAUUUUUGAAUGACUAUAACACAAUCGAGGAUAGCAGAGAUGGUGCAGCCUCACCGGCUAUGUAUUUGCAGAAAAUUAAUCAACUUAGACGAGAAGGUUACAUGGGUCAUUUGGGAAUUGGAUUGGAGGGUCAUUUUCAAACUGCAAAUCUUCCUUACAUACGAGCUUCACUCGAUCAACUUACUUCAGCAAAACUGCCCAUUUGGAUUACUGAAUUGGAUGUUCAAUCCGGACCUAACCAGGCCAAAGACUUGGAGCAGAUUAUAAGGGAGGUUUAUGCACACGGGGGUGUAGAAGGAAUAAUAAUAUGGGCUGCAUGGAGUCCACAAGGAUGCUAUAGAAUGUGUUUAACAGACAACAAUUUCAAAAACUUAGAAACUGGAAACGUUGUUGACAAAAUCUUGUCUGAAAUUGGACUUGUUGAAGGUCUAAAUGGAACCACAGACUCUAAUGGUUACUUUGAAACUUCACUAUUUCAUGGGGUGUACGAAGUUCAGAUCAAUCAUCCAACAGCACUGUCAGAGUCUUACAAUGUAAAGAGGUUUAAUGUGGCGUCGAUGGACAGAAAUCUGAAGAGAACAACGCUAGUCAAAAUCCGUGCAUGA